CAACUAACACUCUUACAUCAAAGCAUUAAUCUUAGUGAAACAUCAUUCACUAUCAAGUGUUAUCUCUUAGAAGAAAAUAUAUGAAUCUUUUUGAUCCUUGUUUUCUUUUAGAAUUCAGACAGCUUAAUAGCCAGUAAUUUCAUGCCAGAUGGGGCAAAUAUGGUAUUGGUGAAUUCAAAUGCUAACUUAGUGAAUACCAUCGUUCAAAAGCAAACAGAAGAAGAAAAUUUAUUGUUAUAUGAAGGCGAUGUUCAGACUAUUAAUAACCUAGCAGUGAAAGAGUCUCCUGCUAUUUUUGAUGGCAACAUGGUCAUUGAAACUUCAGACUUGAAUGAAACUAGAAAUUUGUUUGAAGACUCCAGAAUAAUCUGCAUGAAUUGCAAUGAAAGCUUUUCUAGUUUCAAUUCAUUUCAAAAACACCAAUGUACACAAAAAAUUGCAAACAUAGUUGCUGACAAUGACAAACUCGAACCUGUAUCUAAUCAGGAAGUCAAACAGAAACGUGAAGACCCAGAACAAUAUAUCUGUCAUAUUUGUCAGGAAGUGCUUCCCAACAACUUUUUUCUUAACAAACAUCUCAAGCAUCAUCAUUCUGGACAGACUAGAUAUGAAUGUAGAAAAUGUAAAAAAUUUCUUAAUGGAAAAAUUGAAUACUUGGAACACAUGUCCUUCCAUAAAGCUACUCCUAACCAGGGACAUCCUUGUAUAUACUGCAUCAAAGUUUUCAAAAAAGCCUCAGAUCUGAGUAGGCAUCUUCGAGUACACACUGGGGAGAAACCUUUCCAUUGCAACAUUUGUGAUAAAAGUUUUUCUUUAAAGUCCACACUUUUAUCACACACAAGAACCCACGUCAACAAGAGUAAAGAAUUCAAUUGCAACAUUUGCAAUUCAUUCUAUGCCUCCAAAUCUAGCCUGAAGGUGCAUAUGUCUGUUCAUACUGGCCAAAAGCCAUUUCCUUGUACUUUCUGUAAAAUGAAAUUCAGAACAUCAGCCAACAGGAAAUCUCACGAAGUUUUAAUGCAUUUAUCAAAGAAGAAUAGAGGCAAAUCACAAUCAAAAAAUAAAAUUACAGAUGUUUUGGAGUCAGUCGCUUCACGAAUGGUAAUAAAUUGUCCCUGUACUAACGAACCUACGACAAGUCAACCAAAGGAGAAUAUUCAUGUUCAGAACGAGAAUUUAACCAAACAGGAGCAGCAACUUGAAAGUUCAACACAAAUAAUCAACUUCAAUGUAGCACCAGAGGGCAUGCUGACCAUAAUUCCUGAAGAACAAAUUACGAUAGAUCCUUCUCUGUUACUUCCGCAAAUACAAAUGUCUGACAUUGUUCUGGCAACAAAUGAGAACAACGAACUCAAUAAUUCCUUCAUUCUUAAUGAGGUUAACUUGCUCGAUAUAGAUCCCACCAGCAGUAAUCUUCAGAUAAUAUCAUUGCCACAAGAUGAAGAAAAGACGGUCACCAUUAGCACUGGAGAAACAGAGACAAAACAAGAAAAACCGAAAAACGUUCAGUGUGAUAUAUGUAACAAGAUGUAUUCUUCUAAAGAUGUUCUGAGAAGGCAUAAGAGGAAUGUUCAUGGAGAAAAAGUAGAUCUUUCCUGUUCCAAAUGCAACAAGAAUUUCAAAUCGAAAGUUACUUUCCUAAGACAUUGUAAAACCCAUCCAGAGCUCAAAUUUUCAUCGAGAACAGAAGGUGCAAAUAAUGUUACAGGAGAGAGUUCAGAGGCAGCUACAGAGAGGGAGAACCAACCAGUUGAUACCACGGAUGCUAGCAGUUCACUGUUGAAUAUGAAGUUUGAUUUACCUAUCGUCACUAUAGAAGACCCAUUAUUUAAUACCUUGUUUCCAAUGAAGAGAGUCUGAAUUGUAUCUUUUUGCUUGUAUAAGAUUAAAUUUCUUGAAAUAGUUUUAAGUUAAUUGUUGAACUGAAUGCAAAUUUUAAUAAUAUUAGGAGAAAAUGCUCAUAAUUCUCAAGUCAGUGUUCAUUAAAUAUAUUUUAACA